UGUCAACGAUUAAAUUUUUAGACUUGCACAAAAUCGGUAACGUUGUUGAUUUGAAUUUGAAAUUACUUACGUUUCAUUUUUUGGAAAACUAAGUGAAAUUUUAUUUGUUACGACUUCUAAUAUUCAAAGUUCGAUUUAAAACAUGCCUAUUAAAGAAAUUGAAGAAAGUCCCUCUAGACUUAGAGCAAAGCCCAAAUCUCGCAGUCGUCGAGCAGGAAUAACCUUACCUGUUGGCAGGAUCCACAGGAUUCUCAAAAAUGGCAACUAUGCUCCACGUAUCGGCGGAGGCGCAGCGGUGUACAUGGCUGCAGUGCUUGACUACCUAGCAUCCGAGUUAUUAGAGUUGUCUGCCAAUGCAGCUGACGACAAUAAGAGAUCCAGAAUCUCACCUCGCCACAUUCUUCUGGCUGUCCGCAAUGAUGAUGAACUGAACAAAAUGUUAGCAGGAGUAACUAUCUCAGAGGGUGGAGUUAUGCCACACAUCAAUCGACACCUAUUGCCAAAGAAGACUCAAAUGAAAGGUCAUCAGAACACAAAUACCUCAUCACAAGAAUAUUAAUUGAAAUGUCCAAACGUUAAUAGUGUUAAGUUCAAAGAAAUUAAAAUUAAGUGUUUAUUAUUGUUAGUAGCAAAAACAAAUAAAGUAAAAUUGUUGAUUAUUA